CGAUCAGAAGACUGAGAACCUUCGUGGGUUGCAAAUCGCUUACCGGGUGUUCGGCAAGAAGUAUUAUAGAAUCGAGAUCAGGAUGAGGCACAACAUGGUGGCCUACCUGUACUGCCUGGUGAGGGAUCUGUACGCCGAGCAUGGAGAUCCCCGGGUGGCACAUUUACCACUACUGGGCAACCUGUGGAUAGUGCUGGCCAUUGUUGGGAUCUAUGUGGCCUUUGUGCUACACUACGGACCACGUUGGAUGGAGCACCGGGAUCCUUUCGAGCUGAAGCGGGUGAUGCAGGUGUACAAUGUCUUCCAAGUGUUUGCCAAUGCCACGAUAUUUGUGAUUGGCUUGACCAACACCUAUCUGCAACCGGGUUAUAGUUGGACCUGUCAGCCAGUGGAUCACACGGACACUUCGCCGGCCAUGAUGAAGACUUUGUACGCCUCGUAUGCAUAUUAUAUGCUCAAGUACGUGGAUCUGUUGGAUACGGUUUUCAUAGUGCUGAGGAAGAAGAACUCUCAAGUGAGCUUCCUGCAUGUUUACCACCACGGCGGCAUGGUCUUUGGGGUCUCCAUUUUCAUGACCUUCCUGGGUGGCUCUCACUGUACUAUGCUGGGGGUCAUCAAUCUCCUAGUGCACACUGUGAUGUAUGCCUACUACUAUGCUGCAUCUUUGGGAGCAGUGAAGAACCUUUUGUGGUGGAAGCAGAAGAUAACACAGUUGCAACUGAUGCAGUUCGGUUACCUCACCUUUCAUUUCCUGCUCGUUAUCCUCCGGAAUCCGUGCCAGUUUCCCGUGUUCAUUGCCUUCAUUGGAUUCAUCCAGAACAUCUUUAUGUUUUCGAUGUUCUUCGAUUUCUAUUACAAAACCUAUAUACGCAAGCAGCAGAAGUCCGUGGAGAGCAAGCUGAAAGCCAGCUGAGCUGCCGUAGAAUAUAAGGUUCAAGUUCACGCCGCGUCAUUUCCAUAUUAAAUUGUGUAAUAAGCUGGUCGGUCGCUUAUGCAAAUGGGCACCGAUCGAACCCAAAAUGCCUGGUAUAAAUAAACAUUCGGAUUGUGUCCUACAA